AUGGGUGAUAAAUUAUUUAUGGCAAUAAGCCGCCGCCGUGUAUCAUGGCCAUUGGCAGUUCAACACCUGUGGGAUGCGGUGAAAGUGAUACGUUUUCAAAGGCAGGUACCAGAUAUUGAUCGCAUCACAAAAUAUAUGACUAAAGUCCACAAUAUGUCAUCAGAGGAAGUUGAAAGACAAUUAAAUUAUUGUGUUCGAGAUGGUCUUUUGAUUUUAACCAAAAAAGUUGGUAUUAAAGGUUCAAAAGCGGGAGUUGAAACCAAAGGAUAUAAACUUCCAGAAGAAAAAGCUGAAAAAGAUAGUCAUGAUUGGUAUUGUUUUCAAUGUCACAGUGCUGGAGAUGUGAUAAGUUGUACAUCUUGUUAUCGAGUUUUCCAUCUUUCGUGUAUUGAAAAAAACGACUUGCCAGAAAACGAUGUUAAGCAUAAGUUCAUUUGUAAUAUAUGCAAAAAUUGUGCCUCUACUAAAGAAGCUUUUAAAAAGAUUAAAAAAAGCCAGCUUAACAGGCUUCUUUAUCAUACUACUGGUAGAUUAAGAGAAAAAAUACCUUUACCAUGGUCAGAACGCAAAAUUACUACUACUGCUCCAUCAACAUAUGUUUCAGACAGACUUCAAUUUCAGAGUCACCUAAAAGGUAGUGAUUUGCAUUUUAACAAGUAUUGUGCAUUAAAAGACAAAGAUCCUCGGAGAAUAGAUUUUCUUAUUUUCAAAAUUAUAGACCUUCAAAUGAUUGAAGAUAAAGCUAAAGAUAAUGAAUAUAAAAAUGUUGAAGAGUUCCGAGCAGAUAUAUUAACCUUUGUUCACAAUAUUAUUAUUUUUCAUGGCGUUCAUAGCAGUCUAGCUGAUUAUGGCCGUUUAAUGUUGAGGGAUUGCAACCGAGAUUUGGAUGAGAUAAUGAGGUGCCGUUAUUGUUACAAAUAUUCUAUACAAAAAAAUACAAAAUUUUGGUUCUGUAAACCGUGUAAGCCCCCACAUGAACUAGUGUAUGCAAAACAAGAAGAUUUUCCAUAUUGGCCAGCAAAAGUUUUAAAAAUUGAAGCUGAUAUGUAUGAAGUCAGAUUUUUCGGUAGUGAACACCAACUUGGAAUUAUUGACAAAACUCAAAUACGACCUAUAUCAGUGAACAUUCAUACCUUGCAGUCUCAAGGUCGAACAUCUCAAUGGAACAAAGCAUGUGAGGAAUUGCGUCGCCAUCAACUGCAAUUGGACAAAGUUAUAUUUGGUCUUGCUACACAAUCAUCAUCAUCUUCCUCUAGUCCGUCUUCAGAAGAAGAAGAAGAAGACCCACUUAAACUUAAACUGAAGGUUUCACCUAUUCUAAAACGUUAUGAAAGAAGAAAUGAUAAAGAACAGAAAAUAUCAAUAAAAACUGGGGCAAAAGUGGAGACAGAUACCGAGGAAUCAAAAUCAAAAGACAAACUAAAACGUGUAAAAAAAAAACGAGGUAGACCAUUGUCUCUAGACAAAAAAAUAAGUCCACCAAAAAAAGUUGUAAAGAAAUCUUUAAUAAUUAAAAAAACCAGUACUCAAAAAACUUUAGAAAAAAGAGCUAGAGGUAGACCCUUAAAAGUUAUUGAACCUAUAAUUGAAGACAGUACUCCAGUCAAACAUUUGAAAACAAAAGUUAAAAUUACAAAUGAAAAUACUAAUGCAUCUGAAGGAAUUAAUUCAUCAAAAAAUGCUUUACCACUGAAAACAAAUUCUUCAGUUAAAGAAAAUAUAACAUCUACAACUGAAAGAUUAAAAGACCCUGAUGUCGUGGAAAAUGAGACAGUUAUUUCUUCAUGUCAAGAUUUAGUACAAUGUAAUAUGAACAAGAUUCGAGCUGAAAUGGAAAGUGAAAAACAUAAUGCUAUUGAACAACUAAUUGAACAACAUAAAAAGGAGAUUGCUUUAUUGCAAGUAAACCACAGUAUUGCACUGUCCGAAGUAAAGAAAAAGCAAUGGUGUGUGAAUUGUGAACUUGAAGCUACUUACCAUUGUUGUUGGAAUACAGCGUAUUGUAGUGCUGAAUGUCAACUAAUUCAUUGGAGUAGUAAACAUAAAUGGCAGUGUCGUCAAAGAAUAUAA